CAUAGACGAUUGCGGUGCAGUAAUCAAGGAGGAGAAACAGGGUUGACCGAGCCGAGGAAUCGGAAGUGACUUGCUGGAGAGAUUAUAGCUAUUCAUUUUACUUUUUGUCUAGCUGCGUUACCCGGUUAAUAAGUGACACGUCAUUUAGCAAGAUGAAGGGAAGAUCCCACUGCUGAACGUCUGUGCAGCUCUGCUCUGUUGUCUAGCAUAAGUGCACCUGUCCUGAACCUGUGACUGGAUCGCUGCAGGUGCCACUGACACGCCUUUUCCCCAGAGUGUGUCACUCCCUCCAGGUGUCUGUCCCAUCUCAUCCCAUCCUACGAGGGCUCACCCAGUGUGCUGAGGACCAUCCACAGGCUCCCAGCCCGGGGCAGAGACAGCGCCCCCACACACACCGCCACCAUGGUGCUGUCACAGAGGCAACGAGAUGAACUAAAUCGAGCGAUAGCGGACUACCUCCGUUCUAAUGGCUAUGAAGAGGCCUAUUCUGUUUUUAAGAAGGAGGCAGAGUUAGAUAUGAAUGAAGAAUUAGAUAAGAAGUAUGCAGGUCUGUUGGAAAAGAAAUGGACCUCAGUCAUCAGAUUACAAAAGAAGGUGAUGGAGUUGGAGUCCAAGCUGAAUGAGGCUAAAGAGGAGAUCACUUUAGGAGGACCUGUGGGGCAGAAGAGAGACCCCAAAGAGUGGAUCCCCCGCCCCCCAGAGAAAUAUGCGCUCAGUGGCCACAGGAGUCCUGUCACGCGUGUCAUCUUUCACCCUGUGUUUAGUAUCAUGGUUUCUGCUUCAGAGGAUGCCACCAUCAAGGUCUGGGACUAUGAGGCAGGAGACUUUGAGCGCACUCUGAAGGGACACACGGACUCUGUGCAGGACAUCUCCUUCGACCAGACUGGAAAGCUUUUGGCUUCCUGCUCAGCAGACAUGACCAUCAAACUCUGGGACUUCCAGGGCUUUGAGUGCAUCAGGACCAUGCAUGGACAUGAUCACAAUGUGUCCUCAGUUGCCAUUAUGCCCAAUGGUGACCAUAUAGUGUCUGCCUCGAGGGAUAAGACCAUUAAAAUGUGGGAGGUGGCCACUGGCUACUGUGUGAAAACAUUCACGGGCCACCGGGAGUGGGUGCGGAUGGUGCGGCCCAACCAGGACGGUACACUGUUGGCCAGCUGCUCUAACGACCAGACGGUGCGUGUGUGGGUGACCGCCACCAAGGAGUGCAAGGCGGAGCUGCGGGAGCAUGAGCACGUGGUGGAGUGCAUCUCCUGGGCCCCAGACAGCGCCCACCCCACCAUACUGGAGGCCACCGGCUCAGAGAACAAGAAGAGUGGUAAGCCUGGUCCCUUCCUGCUGUCGGGAUCCCGAGACAAGACCAUUAAGAUGUGGGAUGUCAGUACUGGCAUGUGCCUUAUGACACUGGUUGGCCAUGAUAACUGGGUGCGAGGGGUGCUCUUCCACCCAGGAGGGAAGUUCGUGGUGAGCUGUGCAGAUGAUAAGACCCUGCGCAUCUGGGACUAUAAAAAUAAGCGCUGCAUGAAGACCCUGAGUGCCCACGAACACUUUGUUACCUCUUUGGAUUUCCACAAGACUUCCCCCUACGUGGUGACAGGAAGCGUAGAUCAAACAGUCAAAGUGUGGGAAUGUCGCUGAUCUCCCCCCGUCCCACCCCUUGCCCCUCCCCAUCUUUACCAUCACUUUACCCCUCACCCUGACACUCACCCUUCAGGAAACAUUCAUCACCAUGGCUACUAUCCCAUCCAGCACUCUUCUAAUAACUAUUGUCCUUUUAUGUAAAUUAUUCUGGAUGUAGUUUGAGCUUAUUAAAUGUUACACAAGACACCCUCAAAAGGAGUGAAAAAAAAAGUCAUAAAAAGAAAAACAAGUAUUCUUGCAUGGUGAUUCCAAAAACUUGUAUUCUGUCAAAAAAAAAAAUAAUAAUAAUAAUAAAUAAUUAAAAAAGGUGGGGGGGGGGGGGUUACCAUCGUCUAGAAGUUACCAUAAGACUGAAAGGCACUAGCAGUGCUCAGGCAUCGAGCAUCUCGUUACAGAAGGCAGAAUGAUCCUGUCUGGGGAAUUCAAGUACAGGGCACUUAAAGCGAGUCUCACUUUUCUUUUAAGUUUCUAGAGGGGAAACAAAAGGGGGUCAAGAUUUUCCUUGAAAUGUACAGCUUUGUGCUUCUGAGGGAAUUGAUGGUUACUGUAAUUCUGAUGGAUUACUGAUGUAUGACCUUUAUUUGCAUAAUUUGUUUUGUUUAAGAGGCCGAUUACUUAAAUGAAACGUCUGACUGUCGUUUGCCUCCUGCCCCAAAGGACCUACUCCAAUAAUGCAUUUUAGGUGCUAAAUGCUGCAUAGUAGUCAUAAAACCUAGAGUGAGGUGUGUGGUUGGUUUUUUUUUGGUUUUUAAAUCAAUAUACAAAAAUCUCUCACACUGCAAAGAUUAUCUAGCGCUUAUCAUGGGUGUAGAGACAUGGGCCAGACAUGCUCUCAGCGAAGUCUGCUUGUGUAUUAGGUUUAAGAUUGACAUGCGCUACAGGCCAUGAAGACCAUUUUUAGCCAUGGUCAGCAUUGACAGGUUUAACACAAUGUCUGCCUUGCUAACAUGACUAUGGCCUUGGUUUUUCCCCAAGACCCAAUCAUGUGCCAGUUAGUCUCUAACAACUGACAAGUGAUUACAUGGUGAGCAUAAUCAUGGUGAUGAUAUUAAUGAGAAGACGAAUCAACAGUAUGACAGGGAACCGUCUUGUUUAAGUGCACUUGUUGAAGGAGGUACAUGGUGUGUGUAAAGCAGGGUUUACAUUUUGAUUCUUUUGCCUUUCUCCAUUUUCUACUGCUUGCGGGGAGCUGUUCUCUCUGCUCACUUCAUCAUUUCAUUUUGUCAUGAUUAUCCCCAGGAGAACAUCUGUAAAGAAAUGGUGCUUGUACCAAAUGCGGUUAUACAUACUCACCUUUUUCUGGACUACAUAAUUAAUCAAAGAAAGAUGCCUACAGAGCCAGUGCAUUCCACAACGUUUAAAAGAAGUCAUAUUAUCUACAUUACUAUAGACAACCUCAUAGCCGUUUUAGCAAAUAAAACCAUAACUAUCAGCUAACUACAGUUUUCUAGUCAUAGCAUGUGUCUUCUGUAGAAGUUGUCAAAGCUCAGGCUGCCUACUGACAAACUCAACAGGUGUAUGUGCCCCCUCAAUAUAUGAAACACCUAAAUGAAAACCGUGGUUUCAUUAGUGUGAUCAUGGCACCAUUCAUUGUUUGUAUUUUCUAUGUAUGUGUCAGCUGGGGGGGGGGGGAAUCCGCUAAAAGUUCUGCCAUUGAAGUAAGCUUUGUGACAUUCAGUGGUACUGCUGUGUGUCACUGUAUUGAAUGAGCUAUCUAGUAAAGCUCUCUUGAAUCAGGGAGGUUGUUGAAACUGCAGAUUUAAUAUCUCAGCCAGUAAUUUCACUCUGAUGGACCUGCAGAGUGGCUACCUGUAGUAAUGGGAAGAUGCCUCCAAGGUAGAUCAACAAGUGCAAUAACAAUAGGCUGCUCUGUGUUAACUGUUGAUGAACAGGUAUGUAUGCAUGUGUCAAAACAAACAUUUAGGAAAAUUGACCUCUGUUGAUACGGAUUUAAUGGAGGCAGCAAUUAAUGAACUGUUUGACAUGAAUAUGAAUACAAAAUUAGUUAUAGAUAGGACGAAGAGACAGAUUUUAGCAAUCUAAGGGGUCAUGUCAGUGGUGCACGUGGUUGUAACUUUUUUAAUGGCAGUGGUGUAGGGCUAGCUGCGCUAUUCCAAAACUAUGUAGUAUCAGUUGAAGUUGAAGGAUAUUAGAGCUUUUCUGUAUGUGCAGUAGGGUUGUGCAUCCAGUAAGCUCCAAGUUGAGUUUGCUUUCUAUGCCUUGUUAAUAUACUGAAGCCCCUUGACGUAAAGAAUUUCAUUCUGCUUUUUGUGAUCUUACUGUUCUCGCACACAUGUACACACACAAAAUAUAAAUUGUGUACCGAUAUAUCUGGAUGUCAUUGUUUGCAACAUAAGAGUAAUAAAAAUGUAAAUAUAAAGCAA